AUGGGAUUCGUUGCAUCCGAUCACGAUGUUGUGGGAAGCCAUGGAUUGGCCAUCCUAUGUCCGGAGGGACAGACGGAUCCCGAAGGGGCCCGGUGUUACGCAACACACUGGAUGGGUUGCUAUUUGAAAGAGUGCGGGGAGCACGGUAGGGACAAGCUGGAGGCUGACUAUACGCCGACACGUAAGUGGCGGUUGGAGGACCACCAAGCGACAGAGUCGCUGGCCAUUCUAGUAAGAGAGGAACGAUUGGGUCGUUCUACCAUUGUGCGGAGGCACAACAGUGGCGAGGCCACGCACUGGGGCUGGGUUGUUAGGAAAACCCACGAGCUUGCUGCGAACGGGGACCAGUUCAUCGAGCAGCUGGUCAUUGAAGAUGACGCGGGCGGCAGCCCCGGCCGAGGUGGCACGAGGCAUCUUGUUUGUUCCCAGUCGGUGUACGACGCGGUGACGUUUAAGCUGCUAAGUAGGCAGGACUGCCUCUGGCUGACAGUGCAUCACGGUAGAGGUGAUGCGAUAGUGAAUGAAAUGAAGUGA